AUGGAGGUGGAGAAAGCGCUGAUCAUCAAGAAGAACCAAAUUGUUGAAGACACAGAUGAAAGUCUGUCUGUAGCCACAUCAAACUGUCCACUCUUCAUUAAGGCAAGAGGUUAUGAUGAUGUGUGUGUCUCUGAGGAGGAGACAGACUUUCCUAUUGCUUAUUCUUUGGUUGUUCAUAAAUACGCAUGGAUGGUAGAAAGACUAAUCAAGGCAAUCUACUCUCCUGCAAACAUCUACUGUAUCCACUAUGAUGAAAAGUCUCCUGCUUCGUUUAAAUCAGCCAUCAAGAGCUUAGCCAGCUGUUUGCCAAAUGUCUUCAUUGCCUCCAAAAUAGAGUAUGUCUAUUAUACCAGCUUCAGCCGAGUACAAGCUGAUCUCAACUGCUUUUCAGAUCUUCUGAGGUCAGAGGUAAAGUGGAAGUACCUCAUCAACCUCUGUGGCCAGGAUUUCCCCCUCAGAACAAACAUAGAGCUGGUGUCAGAGCUGAAGAAGUUGAAUGGAGCAAACAUGCUUGAGACAACUCGACCCACUGAGUAUAAGCAACAGAGGUUUACAUACCACCAUGAACUCGUAGGGAACAGUGAUCUCAACAAAUGGCUGGUGGGCACAGACCAGUUGAAAUCACCACCUCCACAUGGCAUUGAAAUGUUUGUUGGCAAUGCCUACUUUGUCUUGUCACGAGACUUCAUUGUUUACAUGAACUCCUCAGCUGUGGUGAAGGACUUCCUGAAGUGGUCAGAAGACACAUAUGACCCAGAGGAACACAUCUGGGCUACACUUGUGCGAAUGCCAGGUGUACCUGGGGAGGUGCCCAGAUCCCAUCCUGAUAUCACCGACCUGAUGAGUAAGACCAGGCUGGUAAAGUGGUUAGGUACUGAUCUGCACCUGUAUCCUCCAUGUUCUGGGAUUUACAUUAGGGGUGUUUGUAUUUAUAGUCUGGGAGAAUUGCGCUGGUUGCUGAACUAUGGUCACUGGUUUGCCAAUAAGUUUGACCCUAAAGUGGACCCAAUUCCACUUCAGUGCUUGGAGGAGAAGCUGGAGGGAAGAAGAAAGCUUUUUGGCUGUUAGUGGUUUUUUUGUGUUUUUUUUUUUUUUUUUUUUGAGUGAUCUUUUGGUGUUAAGGCGCAUUUCAUAUUUAUAAGUAAUUUUUUAAAUAAUGAAAUCAUCUACAUCCCCCACAGCAAACUAGAUACCUGGUUGCAAAAAAUUGUGUUAACAUACUGUAUAUAUUUUGUUCAUUUUGAAGUGGUUUAUAAUACACAGAAAUCGCUGCAUGUAUUACAUUUUUAGAAAGCAUUUUUUUGUCAAGUCUUAUCUAUUUGACAGUUGUUGGAUAGAUCCUGCAUGUCCCUCAAAGUGAUCUGAUUUGUAUUUAUUAAAAACAUUUAAGCAAACAUUAUCUACAUGUAACUCCAUCCAUCGAGAUAUGUAUAUGUCUCUAUGUAUGAUGUAUGUAUACAUUAUAUUGUGUUAAAGGUUUCUAGUGCUCUAUUAAUCCCUCACAACAUUGUCCUUCUCGUUCCCUAAAUUUAAACUUUCGGUGAAAACAGCUAACUGAAGUGACACUUGUCAUAAAUUAUCUUCAGUCAGCCAUAAAGAUAUCUGCUCUGUAACAUCAACUACAUCUACCCAGCUCAAACUCUCACUCUUAAAGCACAUUGUUAUUCAUAGUGAAAUUUGAAAAUAAUGUCUGGCUUGCCAAAAAUAAUAUUUGCUUCUUCGAUGAACUGUAAUUAGCAAAUCCGGGCUGUUCUCUGAGUCCUUCCUCCUUCUUUCUCAGGUAGUUUCUUUAAGUACAAAUCCAAAUCCAUACACUUAUAUCCUCUAUAGGAUAACACAAUUGGACACAACACUGGCUGGCAAAUCAGCAGGUAAUCUUGACUUUCUGGGUGCUUUGAAUAAAAAUGUAGCUACAUUAAAUACUGAGAUGCAGUUAAUGUGGAGCCAAGGGUGAGAUUUAUAAAGAAUCACAUUAUGAGGUUAUAUUAGUACUGGAUUUUAAAUUGCACCAGUCUUGUGCUAAUUUGUUGAAUAUAUUUAAGUAGAACUCUUGUUUUUGCUCUAAGAUCUACUGAGUGUUUAUCUUGGAGGGUAAGCUUUACUCUGCCGGUCAUUUUUUUUUUUUUUUUGAAGAAAUUACCUAUUGUUUGUGAACAGAGAUGUCUGUAAAAAAUUAUUUAACAUUUAAGGAGUCAGUAAGUGUUACAAGUUGCAAGGUUUAAAGCACUCUGAUAUGUGAACAAUAUCAAGCAAAUGAGUUGUUAUCUAAUAUUUGAUAUUUUUGAUGUUCUUCCGUGGGUUUUUUAAGGUCUCACAAAAAGCUCCUGGCCUGUUCUUAUCAACUAAUAUGUUUAUGAAAAGUUACAGUACUGAUUAAAGCUGUGCUUUUUAUGGUCCCUUAAAAACAACAUUUUCAGUGAAAAUGUCUUGAUUUUGGAAAAAACAAUAAUGCCCUUCCUUAAGUAAUCUGAUAUUGUUGAGAAUGUGGAUUUGAGAAAGAUCAACUCAAUUUAAUAUUGGUAAAAAAUGAGCCAUACUACCUGGAAAACUACACAAUACUUAUUUAAGAAUAAUUGUAACUAAAGAAAAUAAAGCGAGCAUGACAAUUUUUGGCUUGUGUACUAUACAACACCUGAUGCUUUUAGCUAGCCUUUUUCUGUAUCUGAGAGAGAAAAUCGUCCAACUACAUAAUAAAAACAAAAAUAUCACUAGUAAUUCUACAAAUAUGCAUGACAAUUUAAUUUUGGUUUACAUUUGUCAUAAAUUACUAAUUUCAUUAAGAGCAUACAAUAGGAUAUCUUUGUAUUGUCCUGGAGAUGUAUUUGCAUUUUAGCUCUUAAAAAAGGCCAACAAGUUCUUCAAAAACAUCGUUCCUUUGUCAGAUUGAAGAUGUUCUCCAAGGGAACUUUGGUAUUGUUCAACCUAGGCUCUAUUUUACCUUGGACACACAAAGCUGUGUGAUCACAUCACAGGAUUGGUACCAACAAUCUGAGUCUGUCAGUGGUGAAAUGAGGCAUUUGUGGUGGAUGCAGUUUGACAAUGUGCAAUUUCCUGGUCAAAAUACAUUUUGGCUUGUUUCGCUGCUGUCAGCUGCUCUACUCAAGAAGAUUGGUGAGAAUACACAAGCCUUUUUGGUUUGUUGGUAUCAUCUUUUCUGUUUUCUCUCUCAUUGCAGGAUGAAUGAAACAAGUUCAUUGUUGACCCUCAAGAGAAUAUUCAUCUAUUCACUUUUCUCAGUGGUUGUUUUGUGCUUCCUGCUGUCAGUCAAUGAGGAAAACAUCAAACAUGAAUCUUCAUCUCCCCCUGUAGGAAUUCAGACUUUUCACAAGUACAACAUCAACUGUUUGGCCAUCUAUGACUUUGACCCAAUGGAGGUGGAGAAAGCGCUGAUCAUCAAGAAGAACCAAAUUGUAAAAGACACAGAUGAAAGUCUGUCUGUAGCCACAUCAAACUGUCCACUCUUCAUCAAGACAAGAGGUUAUGAUGACGUGUGUGUCUCUGAGGAGGAGACAGACUUUCCUAUUGCUUAUUCUUUGGUUGUUCAUAAAUACGCAUGGAUGGUAGAAAGACUAAUCAAGGCAAUCUACUCUCCUGCAAACAUCUACUGUAUCCACUAUGAUGAAAAGUCUCCUGCUUCGUUUAAAUCAGCCAUCAAGAGCUUAGCCAGCUGUUUGCCAAAUGUCUUCAUUGCCUCGAAAAUAGAGUAUGUCUAUUAUACCAGCUUCAGCCGAGUACAAGCUGAUCUCAACUGCUUUUCAGAUCUUCUGAGGUCAGAGGUAAAGUGGAAGUACCUCAUCAACCUCUGUGGCCAGGAUGUCCCCCUCAGAACAAACAUAGAGCUGGUGUCAGAGCUGAAGAAGUUGAAUGGAACAAACAUGCUUGAGACAACUCGACCCCCUGAACACAAAAAACAGAGGUUUACACUUCACUAUAAGCUUGAAGGGAACAGUGAUCUCAACAAAUGGCUGGUGGGCACAGACCAGUUGAAAUCACCACCUCCACACGGCAUUGAAAUGUUUGUUGGCAAUGCCUACUUUGUCUUGUCACGAGACUUCAUUGUUUACAUGAACUCCUCAGCUGUGGUGAAGGACUUCCUGAAGUGGUCAGAAGACACCUUCUCACCAGAUGAACACAUCUGGGCUACACUUGUGCGAAUGCCAGGUGUACCUGGGGAGGUGCCCAGAUCCCAUCCUGAUAUCACCGACCUGAUGAGUAAGACCAGGCUGGUAAAGUGGUUAGGUACUGAUCUGCACCUGUAUCCUGCAUGUUCUGGGAUUUACAUUAGGGGUGUUUGUAUUUAUAGUCUGGGGGAAUUGCGCUGGUUGCUGAACUAUGGUCACUGGUUUGCCAAUAAGUUUGACACCAAUGUGGACCCAAUUCCUCUUCAGUGCUUGGAGGAGAAGAUGGAGAAAAGAAGAAAGCUUUUUGGCUGUUAG